AUCUAAUCUAACAGGAUGUAUCAACUGUGUCUAGCCUGUGUCUCACUUGUUUCAUCUGUGUACUAUGCUCCCGCAGGACGCUACACCUUCCCUGGCUUCACCGCCUACAGCAUGAGCAAGCACGCCACCGUCUCCUUCGGUGACGGCCUCAGACUUGAGAUGCAGAAGUGGGGCAUCUCAGUCCACACGGUGGAGCCUACUCUCUACAGGACUCCCAUCAGUCAGGAAGGACGCAUCCACAGCGCACUUGACAGGUUCUGGCAGGAGUGUUCAGAGGACGUCAAGAAGUCUUACGGAGACGAGUAUAUCAAGGACUUCAAGACGACUAUUUCAAACCACCUUAAUAAAGCUAAACCCUCGGAGAAGAUCAAGGAGGUUAUAGAUGAUAUGGUCGACGCUGUGGCCGGGAACGAUCCUAAGACGCGGUACGUGCCCAGCGUAGUGACGCAGAUCAGAGCCAAGCUGUUGUCUUCACUGCCGGAGAACCUCAGAGAUCACUUCUUCCUCAGUAGUCAACCCCAGACCCCUCCAGCAUACGUCGCAGAACGGAAAAAGAAGCAGCCAUCGCUGGUGGACCCUCGUUCCAUCGUAGACAAGACGAGACCCCCGAACGCCAAACUGGAGCGAGUGUUUUCUAUGCCCAACUGGGGAAAGAACGAGAUGACCCCUUCCCCCAAGACAGAUGCAGAACUCAAGUUCAAGUUCUAAACUAUCCACGAGAAGCGAACGGCCCGUCGUACCAAAGAGAUGUUUCAAAACUCCACCGGUCCACCUCAGGCAAAGAUCAACAAUUCUGCGGAGGUGUUACGAUGACGGUUAAGGACUACUUGGAUCGAAUUCGGUUGCCUUUCAUUCCCCAUGACCUACAUGACUCUGCGGUAUAUAACGCAUGAUUAUA